AUGUUGUGCUUGCCCAAGUUGUGUAACCCAACAAAUGCCAAGUAUUUGCUGUCCUGUUUGAACCGUGUAUCAAAUCAGGGUUUGGAUCCUGUGCUGUCAUCAAGUACAGCAGUUAGAGCAGGAUGCCUGACUCGGCUGAAGCUAGGUCACAGCUCCCUACAUACAUCACGUAAACAGGGAAUUAUGGGUUGUACAUCGUUCAGUUUCAAUGAUUACCCCUGUAAACAAGGGAAUGUCCAGAUAGGACAUUUUAGAACCAUCUUCCCAUUUUCUACAUCCACAAAAUGUAUGCAGGAAAAUCUGGCAAACACAAAUACGCUGCUUGAAGAAGUCAAAGCAAAAGAGUAUAUAACUGUAUAUUUUAACAGCAGAUUAAAAUAUAUUCGCUUCUUUUGCACACUGUCUAAGUUGUCGACUAUCGUCUUUGUUGCUGGAACACCAAUAACCUUAGCAGCACUGCUAAUGAACAUAAUUUCACAGAAUAGUGCUUUGGGUGCAUUAUUUACAAUGGGGUUUUACUCAUUUCUGUUCACUGGACAGAGUUACUUGAUGAUGUCAAAAAUAAUAUGCAAGAUUAUGAUCAGUGAGGAUGAGAGCUAUGCGAAAAUAUCUCAUUUAAAUGUGUUUGGUAAGCGGCGGGAUGUUUAUGUGAAAGUCUCCGACAUUGUGCCAGUUACUGGCUCGAUAUAUGAUAAAAAACUACUUGUAGUGCAAUUUAAGGGAAGUUCUAAGAAGCUGUUCUUGCUUCCAAAUGCUGGCGGAGACGACUCAGACUUUGAAACUUUAGACAUGUUGUUUUCUGGAGCUGUUGUGAGCAAGGAGGAUAAGCCUCAAAUUUAA